AUGGACCAUAACGGUCUAUCAGAGAAUUUUUUUCCGAAGAAAAGAGAGCUCCAUAUCGCAGGCUUCUUCCACACGCAUCUCCCUAAACAGGGUGACACUGGUGGCGGGGUUUGCGGCGAACCACGUUCCCUGGCUAGACAGGUUCCUGACGCGAACCAUCAUUGGGGUGAGAAAGAAGAUACUCUACCUGAUACCAGUAAGGCGAGCGAAUCGGGAAAAGCCAAAGGCAAGCCAGAAUGGGAUGGCAAGGAGCAAACCAGUCCCAAAACCCAAAAACACGAAAUAGUUGCUCAGACGGACUUGGAGGCGAACCAAGACUCCGGAGAGACUUUGACACAAAAGGCGACUUCUGGAAAUCGAUAA